CGAGGACACGGGGCUGCGCCCGCGCGCCGGGGACACGUGGAGGGACGCGGGGACCGUCGGCCCGGGGUCCCGCGCCCCGACUCGUCUGGUCAAGCAAAGCAAGGAGCGAGUGGCCAGGAUUUCUUUCAUUCUACGUUUUCCCCAGUUUCGGAGGCAAAGGGAAGAAACCAGGAUUGCAAUACGGGCUGGGAGUUGGGAGUUUUACAGCAAUUCCGAGAAACGCUUGAACCCCGAGACGAAAGCCGUGCGCGCGUUAAACUGUUUCCACGGGGUCCGAGGAAAAUGGUCAGUCUCUACCCUCAGACCCAAGCGAGUUUUACGGGUGGGUGGUGGCACGGGGUGCUCACCGCCUGCUCCCCGGGGAGAGCAAACGGGUCGGGCAGGUUGCAUACCUGGCGGACCUGACAACAACCCCCACGUCUUCAGCCUUCGGAAACCGUGAGGGCGCGCGGGGCGUGGGGACGGAGAAUGAGGCUGGCGACGGCUGGGUGUGUUUGGGAAGAACAUGAGGUCGCAUGGAUAUCAUUUCAACCGCAAGACUUGAAUGUCUGCCCCUACGUCGUAGGUUUUCCUCCCGGAGCCAGACAAGAGGGAGGAGAGAGAAGAGGCGUCACGUGCCCGCCUCCCACGUCCGUGGAGCAUGCAGACAUCCGGGUCAAGAGUUACACCCUCAACUCCAGGGAGCGGUAUGUUUGCAACGCUGGGUUCAAGCGGAAAGCGGGGACGUCCAGCCUGACGGAGUGCGUGUUCAACGAGACCAUGAACGUGGCCCACUGGACCACUCCCAACCUCAAGUGCAUCAGAGACCCCGCCCUGACUCGCCAAAGGCCAGCCUCCACGGCAUCCCCGGCAUCCCCGGCAGGGGUGGCCCCAGAGCCGGAGAGCCCCACCCCUUCUGGAAAAGAGCCAGCUUUGACUUCCAAGUCAGACCCCACAGUGUCUACUCCUGGACCAGGCUCCAGGCUGAUGCCGUCAAAACCUCCUCCCGCAGGAACCACAGGCGUAGUCAGUAACGCGCCCCCCCAAGCCCCGUCUCAGACAACAGCCAUGGCCCCGGAACACGCUGGUGCACGACUCAGUCCCAGAGCAGUGGUGGCCGUGGCCGUCUCCACGCCGUGCGCCCUGCUUCUCUGUGGAGCGUGUGUGCUCCUCCUUGUGGUACAUUUUAGAAGGUCAAGGCCAACUUCCCAGACACCUGGUAUGGCGAUGGAAAGCAUGGAAGUCGUGCCAAUGACCGGGGGCAGCGACGCCACCGGUGGGGGCACGGAAAGCUAACCCCACCCCUGGAGGAAGCUCCAGGGACGCCAAGGCCAGUAAGGGCCGCAGGGAAGGCCCAGCUCUGCUCCAGCCCAAGAGGACCUCGAAGCCUGGGGAGCUGGCCCCGGAGAAACGCCCGCCAGGGUGAGAAAACGUCCUGGUGUCGUUUUACCAUCUGUACCAGCCCAGGCACCACCCGUGCCAGCAGGUUCUCCAGGCUUGAGAGGGAUGCUCGCUGCCAGCCCACCCCUGGGCAGAGAGCCCAGUGCCCGGAGUCCCACGGUGGGUGGCCGCCUUCCAGGGGUGGGGAGCAGGGGGGAGUGGAGGCCUCGGGUCUUCUGUCGGGGCAUCUAUUCAUCGUGGCACUGAUUCUGCGAGGCUCACCUGCUCCACCCUGCCACCCCUUGUCCUGACCUACGUUUACAGAGAGGCUCUGGGGAAUCCCGAGGCUCCCCCUGCUUGGGAGACGUUUACAAGGGCGACGCCAGCACCAGCUCCUAAAGCCUCUCCCUGCAGCGGGUGCUCUGCACGCACAGAAAGGGGGCGGAUGGUGUGCCCUGUGCAUCCUCAUAAGGACUCCGAAAGAAGACGACAGAACUCAGGGGCCCUCUCUCUGCACGUGCGUCUGUAUUUAUAUCCUUCUUUUACGUCUAUGUAUUUUAUGAUUUCUAUUUUGAAAUUGUGCCUUGUAUAAACAAAA